AUGGAAAUUUUGGGGUUGAGGAAGAAAGAAGGAAAAGAAAAAGAGAGAAACAGAGGUGGGCGGGGCGAUGUUUUGUAUCAGGCAGCAACUGGCCAAGGAAGGCAGGAACAGCAAGAGGGCAAGAGCAAAGGCCAGUGGGCGAAUGGGAGCAAAGAGAAGGGACGACCAGGGACGCGACAAGUCAAAGGGCGCGGCUCAUUGUGCGCGUCUGCCACCCACGAGGAGGACUAUGCGUUAGUGGCAGGAAAAGGGGAGUACUUUGCACUCGCGAAAGGGGCGCAAAGAAAGAGCGUAGUGGAUCGCGCUUUCCCGCUAGGCUGGCUGGACACAGCCCCCGGCCGAGAUAGCGAAACCCCGCCAGAUGCAAGGACGCAAGCGCUGAAAGUCGCCCAAAUUGCAGCGUCGAUAGCACUGGACUGGCGGAGAUGA